GGGACAGGGGCUGGGGAACUGCUUGAAUGCCGCCCUGUGACCGCCGAGAUGAGGGAACAGCCCUUAUUUGCCUGGCUCUGAUUCUCCAUGCUGUCGUGGUUGUGGAAUGCAAAAGCCAGGACAUGAUGGAAACAGGACUUGGAGAUCCUUUCAGAAUGCCGGAGGAAAGUUCUCCCAGGCAGACCCCACAGAGCGUUCCAUACCAGGACCUGCCUCACCUGGUCAAUGCCGAUGGACAGUACCUCUUCUGCAGGUACUGGAAACCUACGGGCACACCCAAGGCCCUCAUCUUUAUGUCCCAUGGAGCCGGGGAGCACUGUGGCCGCUAUGACGAGCUGGCUCAGAUGCUGGUGGGGCUCGAGCUGCUGGUGUUCGCCCACGACCAUGUUGGCCAUGGACAGAGCGAAGGGGAGAGGAUGGUAGUGUCUGACUUCCACGUUUUCAUCAGGGAUGUGCUACAGCACGUGGAUAUCAUGCAGAAAGACUACCCGGGGCUUCCUGUGUUCCUGCUGGGCCACUCCAUGGGAGGUGCCAUCACCAUCCUUACGGCCGCAGAGAGACCGGGCCUCUUCUCCGGCAUGGUCCUCAUUUCGCCUUUGGUUCUUGCCAGUCCUGAGUCUGCAACAACUUUCAAGGUCUUUGCUGCGAAAGUUCUCAACCUUGUCCUGCCAAACAUGUCCCUGGGCCCAAUCGACUCCAGCAUGCUCUCUCGGAAUAAGACGGAGGUCGACAUUUAUAAUGCGGACCCCCUCAUCUGCCGGGCGGGACUGAAGGUGUGCUUCGGCAACCAGCUGCUCAAUGCCGUCACGCGGGUGGAGCGGGCCCUCCCCAAGCUGACCUUGCCCUUCCUGCUGCUCCAGGGCUCUGCCGACCGCCUUUGUGACAGCAAAGGGGCCUACCUGGUCAUGGAGUCCUCCAAGAGCCAGGACAAGACACUCAAGAUUUACGAAGGUGCCUACCACGUUCUCCACAAAGAGCUUCCAGAAGUAACCAACUCCGUCUUCCACGAAAUAAACAUGUGGGUCUCCCAAAGGACAGCAGCCGCGGGAAAGCGGUCCCCGCUCUGAGCGAACUGGCUGCGUGACCUGCCCACAGCCGGUGGGAAGAUGGAUUCCGGAGAUGCGACGGGAUGACCAGUCGGGACACUAGGCCCCAGCGCUGUUGUGGAUGCAGCACCUUCCCCCUGUAACUCGGAGGUCACGCCGGUCCGUAUGGAAAUGGGUUUCAUGGCUGACAGUCUUUCUGGGAACAGAUGCCACCUGUAAGCAGGAAGAGGGGGGCGCUGCUCCUUUGCAGGGAGGGGGGUGGAUGGUCUCCGGCCCUCCCAUCCAGCUUCUGGGGGGGCACGGGGGCUCGCAGUGAGAGCACUGAAGGAGGCCACAAAAACCCGCCUGCUCUGCUCCGCACCCGUGGCAAGGUCCCACGCUACGUUUUCUUUCUUUCACAAAUCGCUAACAUAACCCAUUGGGGUCCCCGUGAUUUUCUAAGCAGUUUACCAGUUACUGUCUGUGUUCAGCCGCAUCCCUACCUGUGUACCGUUACUGGGGACUCGUGAUCAGCUCAGAACUAUCAAAGGAACCAUGUACGCCACAGCUAAUCCUAAUAAACCGGAUGUUUUCUGCA